AUGCCAAUGGCGCCAAGUACAAGUCUUCCUCUAGAGCUCCAGUUUCAAAUCCUCAAAGCAGCAGACUUCACCGACCUCCCUACCCUCUCUCGCGUCUGUACCACCUGGCGUGACUAUCUACUCCAAUCUCCAGCUAUCAUUUCUAAUCGAUACACCUACUACCCCUAUCCUGAUACUCCUAAACCAGUUUAUUUCCACAAACUUCUCUAUCAUUUGAGCCACUUCGUACGGUUCGAAGAUGGCGGGGAGUUAUAUCCUUGUCAUGUCGAGUUUAAUGACAUAAAGGAAGAAGAAGGAGAAGAGGGAGUUAUUUAUAUCGAUGUUAAUGAGGAUUGGACUGAAAUGACCAUGGCUGAUCUGUUGAUAGAUGUGCCGGUUACCAGGUUGGAAUAUGGGAUUUUUGGUAAUGAUGUCUCAUUUAUUUCAGCUGCCUCAGCUCCAGCUGCAGUUAUUUCCCAUCUCGAGGAACAGGUUCCUUCGGAGCUGUUAUAUUUGGAUAUUGGUCAUCCGUCCAUUCUCUGGAAUCUCAUGCCCUUCGACAAUCCUGACGCCGCUGUCUCCACGAGUUUAGCGGAUACACUAGAAGGAGAAGAUGGCGACGGCGACGAGAAUGAGGAUGAGGAUGAGGACGAGGAUGGGGAUGAGGAGGGGGAGGAAAGUGAAGGGGAGGAAAGUGAAGGGGAGGAAAGUGAAGGGGAGGAACAAAGAGGCCCUAUUCAUGGAGCACUCAAGCUUCUCACUCAGAGGGCGAAUAUGAGGUAUGCUGCUAGGCCAUUGAAUGGAUCGGACGCGGUAACAGUGGUGAAGAUUGUACCGGAGUUACAUGAAUAUUCGGAUAUAGAAUUUCCGGCAAAUUUAGAAAUGGGGUUUGCUACCAUGCCUGAGGAGAGGAGGAUAUUCAAACCGGGGAGAGUUGAACGGAUUGUUAGGUUGAUGGUAUAA